GAGAGCUGCCUGGUUUUAUUUCUCAUUCUUAGAGCCAAAGCUUCAUCAAGCACUAGUUUUCAUAUAUAACAGACCAAAGCUAUAUAUAUCCGCCUAUUCCGAAACAUGACGAUAGUAGAGAUGCAAGUGCACAUGGACUGUUCUGGCUGUGAGAACAAGAUAAAGAAAGCUCUCAAAAAGAUUAAAGGAGUAGACGAUAUUGAUGUGGAUAUAAACAUGCAGAAGGUGACUGUCAUGGGAUGGGCUAAGCAAGAGAAGGUUUUAAAGGCAGUAAGGAGGACUGGAAGGACAGCUGAGCUUUGGCCUUACCCUUACAACCCUGAAUAUGGACACAACCUUAAUGUUCAGUACUACCAGCAGCAUCAGCCCCGUGAUGGCCACGAACAUCACCACCACCACCACAACCAUCAUGAUCGUGGUGAGCAUCGGAGUAAACACAACAUCACCACCUACAAUUCAAUUCCGAAUUACUCGUCCUAUUCGUACAAUUAUUAUAAGCACGGCUACAGUGGCAUGGAGCACGGCUACUAUCAGCCUCCUCCUUACUCCACCAUGUUUAGUGAGCAGGACACUGCUGUAUUCAGUGAUGACAACCCUAAUUCUUGUUCCAUUAUGUGACAUCAAAGCUCUCUAGUCGAUCUGUGCGUGGCAAAUAGAAAGUGCUAGCCAAAAGACUUGUUAAGGGCUGCACACUCGUACUUUGUUUUGCCUCUUGUAUAUAGUCUUUUGAGGUACUUCUACGAAAUCGUUGGUCAUCGUAACCGUGCAGAAUGCAUCUUUUGAAGCUCUUUCAUGGCAGAAAUUCAACUUGGAACUGUUGUCUAACUUAUAUCUGUCCCUGCUGGUUCUACUGGUUCAUUUCCCUACUUGGUUAUUGUAUAUAUGCAAUUGUUCAUGUGUGUGUACUUCUGAGUGAUCCACAAGCGUUUUUAGUGUGUGCCUCUCAUAAGUCUAUCCAUUAGUUUUGUAAUACGAUGUGAUCAAUAUCUUGUAUAUCAUAAUAUCAUAAUGAAAAUGAAGUGGCUUUUAU